AUGGACAAAAUACAACCAAACACUAUGACAAAGACAAUCCAGAACGGCCGCUACAAGAUCCGGCGCUCCCCAGAUCAAGGCAGUCUAAUCAUCCCCGCAGAGAGCGCAAGCUCCAUUGCCACCCUCGGACCAGAAGAUCCCUCUCGUAACGAGACUGGGAUCUGGAUCCUCACUACCAGCUCCUCCUACUCUCCCUCGGACUGCGUCGCCUCGGCGGGCGCAAUGAUAGCCACACUGCAGCACGAAGGCACAAACGCCUACCUGGCUUUCCAAAAACCUAUUUCUCUAGACCAACAAGUGAGCAUCAUUGUCUCGUCGGAUGACAAGCAAGUGUGGACGAUUAACCCGGUGGGCACGACUGGGUAUGGAAGGAAGAACGAGUACCAUAUCGGAUACCCUUAUCUGCUUCACGGAGAGGUCAUGGUGGUUGAUAUUUCGAUGUUGCGGGUGUACCCGCCUCGGUUGGCGUUGCGCCCUUUUGAGGAAGGCAGGACGUCUCCUUGGCGAUUUGAGGCUAUUGCUUGA